CCCGCCUCUCGGUCUUGUGGUAAAAGCUGUGAGAGAGGAGCUCAGCAGCAUCUGCAGCUUGUUGGAGGUGGGUGUGACAGGCAUCUGUAGCCGACAGGAGAGCUUUUUUUCCGUCUGUAGGUUACCUGUCCUGCACACUUGUUCAAGAUGGCAUCAGCUGAAGAUAUCCAAGUCAAGGAGCUUGACAAGCGGGCAUCUGGCCAGGCAUUUGAAGUCAUCCUGGGUGCUCCAGCCCCUGAUGCUAAAGGAGAGUUCCCCCUGUCUCCUCCCAAAAAGAAGGAUGUCUCUCUCGAGGAAAUUCAGAGAAAGUUGGAUGCUGCAGAGGAGAGGCGUAAGAAUCAUGAAGCCGAGGUUCUGAAGCACUUGGCUGAAAAGCGAGAGCAUGAAAAGGAAGUGCUACAGAAAGCUAUGGAGGAGAACAACAACUUCAGCAAGAUGGCAGAGGAGAAGCUCAAUCUGAAGAUGGAGGCCAACAAAGAGAACCGCACAGCAAUCAUGGCAGCCAUGAACGAGAAAUUCAAGGAGAAGGACAAGAAGUUGGAAGAGGUGCGGAAGAAUAAGGAAGUCAAAGAGCCUGGCUCAGAAGGCACCUCGGAAGACUGAGAGGAACAAGUGGGGGAUUGUAUAGGGUUUUUUACGUAUCCAAAGAUUAAUUUAUUUUUUGUUCAGCCAGUAUUGUUUUUUUCGCUACCCACAUUUUGAAAUACAAGUUCUACUUUGUGAAUUUUUUCAACUCUCCUGCUAUAAGUGUAGUUGCGCUCAUUCUACAUGUGGAUAAUCCCUCAGUCUGCUGUAAUCAUCAUCUAGCUUGUCAGUGCAGCUUGAGCCCCUUUCCUCUGGAUAUUAGCAGUGUUUUUUUUAUUCUCUUGGGAAGCAUGUUUCUAUGCAUUGGUCUUUUACUACAACCUAUUUCAUUGUGGGUUUUGAAAGUAUCUGUGAACCACACCUGUUAUUGGCACUUAAGGUAUAUUUAAAAAGUAGCACACGUUUCCAUCAAGGUGCUGGCUGCUAUACAUGCAGCUUUGCUACUGGAUUCAGCUGACUUUAACCUGCAGGCCAUGGUUUUUCCACCAAUGCCUAAUCUUGGCUUUUGUAAAGAGAAAACGAUAAAUAUGGGGUCGACCUAAAGCACAUGACUUCUUGCGGUAUAGCUGUGAAUUAACAUGCCCAUCAUGCAACUGGAAGUCAUUUUUUAACGUCACUGAGCAGAUGUCUUCACAUGGAAUGCAUAAAAGCAAUACACUUCUAGGCAUUUCAAUAGGAACAAGUGGCUAGUUGACUUAAACUGUUGUACUAAAACAAAUAAAGUGUAAACUUGG